CCUCACCAUUCUUCCAUCACCAACACUGCCUACAAACAUAAACAAAGCUUUCUCUUCUUCAUUUACAGUACAAUGGCUGCUUCAUCAAUGGCCCUCUCUUCUCCUUCAUUUGCUGGAAAGGCUGUUCAAGUAGCUCCCUCUUCAUCAGAGCUCUUUGGAAAUGGGAGAGUUUCCAUGAGGAAGUCUGUCAAGGCCCCGGUGUCUAACAGCCCAUGGUACGGUCCAGACCGUGUUAAGUACUUGGGGCCAUUCUCCGGUGAGGCUCCAUCUUACCUCACUGGUGAAUUUCCAGGUGACUAUGGUUGGGACACUGCUGGGCUUUCAGCUGAUCCCGAGACUUUUGCCAAGAACCGGGAGCUUGAAGUGAUCCACUCCAGAUGGGCCAUGCUUGGAGCUCUCGGGUGUGUCUUCCCAGAGCUCUUGGCACGUAAUGGUGUCAAGUUCGGUGAGGCUGUGUGGUUCAAAGCUGGAUCACAGAUCUUCAGUGAGGGUGGACUUGACUACUUGGGAAACCCAAGCUUGGUCCAUGCUCAGAGCAUCUUGGCCAUCUGGGCUACCCAAGUCAUCUUGAUGGGGGCCGUUGAGGGUUACCGUGUUGCUGGAGGACCUCUAGGAGAAAUUGUUGACCCCCUUUACCCCGGAGGAAGCUUUGACCCAUUAGGCCUUGCAGAAGAUCCUGAGGCAUUUGCAGAGCUUAAGGUGAAGGAACUGAAGAAUGGAAGACUAGCCAUGUUCUCGAUGUUUGGAUUCUUUGUACAAGCUAUUGUGACAGGAAAGGGACCAUUAGAGAACUUAGCUGACCACCUUGCAGACCCUGUAAACAACAAUGCCUGGGCCUUUGCCACCAACUUUGUUCCCGGAAAUCUUAAAUUUGCUGGAUCACAAAUCUUCAGUGAGGGUGGACUUGACUACUUGGGCAACCCAAGUUUAGUCCAUGCUCAGAGCAUCUUGGCCAUCUGGGCUACCCAAGUCAUCUUGAUGGGGGCCGUUGAGGGUUACCGUGUUGCUGGAGGACCUCUAGGAGAAAUUGUUGACCCCCUUUACCCCGGAGGAAGCUUUGACCCAUUAGGCCUUGCAGAAGAUCCUGAGGCAUUUGCAGAGCUUAAGGUGAAGGAACUGAAGAAUGGAAGACUAGCCAUGUUCUCGAUGUUUGGUUUCUUUGUACAAGCUAUUGUGACAGGAAAGGGACCAUUAGAGAACUUAGCUGACCACCUUGCAGACCCUGUAAACAACAAUGCUUGGGCCUUCGCCACCAACUUUGUCCCCGGAAAGUGAAAGAGUGUUUCAAUUUUUUUCACCUGUAAAAUAGUAACUGUAAUUAGCUUGUGUGAUGUAAAUCAGUCUCAAACUUUUACUUUCUAAUGCGGAGAAAGGUCUGAUUUUCAACCAA